GGCCGGGGGAGCGGGGAGAGCAGAGAGACUCCGCUGUCCGAGCCGGGGGAGAGGAGAGAGACUUCGCUGUACGGGCCGGGGGAGAGGAGAGAGACUCCGCUGUCCGGGCGGGAGACUCAUGGCCGGGGAGCAGGGACAGCCGAUUGCCAUCGAGCUACAAAGUUUGUGAUCGUCUGUCAACAUCAUGGCUGAAGGUGGUAACUGGGGAGGUGAUUCAGUGGCCUCUACAUCAAAGAAACAAAAAGUUGGGAAAUUAAGUAAAGUGCGCAAAGCCAUCAAACGUUUUUUGCCAGGCACCUCAUCAAAGAGUGAUGGUCAGAACACAGGAACAAUGACAGAAAAGCAAAGUCGGAUUGAGAGCAGAACGUCAAUGGAAUGUGAAGCCGCUGAAGAGGAAAGGGAACAAUAUCAGUCCCGAGGAAUAGGAGACGUGGCUGACGGCCUUGGAACUGACCCAAGUGACGAAAUCCAUCAUGACCGAGAUUCAUCAAACAAGGAAUCAUCGAGUCUCAUUCAAGAGGCAGAGCAGCAGAAUAUGGUAACACCUAUCCACACCACGGCUCAAGUUGGAAACAAGACUGAGGCUCCAGUGAACUCAACGACAAGGAUGGACACAGAUCUAACGCCUACAUUAUCUGAGCUCCUGACACAGUGGAGCGACUACCAAUUGUUCCAACUGACAAAAUUCUAUCGGGAGAGACUGAAACAGGCGAUUGAAGAAAGGGUUGAAAGUCUCGGCUUCAUGAUGACACGACAGGGAAAUUUCAGUGAACAAGAACACGGGAGUGUCGCUGAGCUUGUGGUAAAGGGAAACCGCAGAGAUAGUUCCACACUCUUCCUCAGUCUGGUGAUGGAGAAGGGCAGCCGUGCCCAGCGGGUUAUGUGGGAAUCCUUUGUGAAAAUGCAGAAUGAAUUACCAAAGCUGGAAAAAAUACUGGAAGAAAUCCAGGAACUUGGUCCUGAUCCACAAGAAUACAUGAACAUCAUCAGAGGUUUAUCUGAAUUGCCCUCUCAUAUGGAAGUACAAUGCAAACACAAGGAGACUCUGCGAACACAGACUGAAACACUGAGCGUGAACACCAUCCUGAUGAAGGAAAAGGUUAAGGUUUUCCGGUUGCUUGAUCGAUACGCUGAGCUCACAAUCAUCUCCACUGUUCGAGAUCGUUCACUGGUGGAACAUGAGCUGCUGGCAAGAGGUCGGGACCAUGAAGAGUGGAGAAAGAAAUGUCUCCGGAGAGAACUGGAAAAAAUCAGGACUGAUCAAUUGUUCCAGAGCAGCUUUUCCCGAUGUAAAUCCCGAUCUGGGAAUUCAGCAUCAGUAGCCGGAGUCCCAGGGAUCGGAAAAACAACAAUGGUGCAAAAGAUUGUUCAUGACUGGGCCACUGGGAAAAUAUACGAACACUUCCCAUUUGUCUUCAGUUUCAAAUUCCGGGAUUUAAACACUAUUAACUGCAGAGUAAACCUGAGGGAACUGAUUCUGGAACAGUAUCCUUACUUUAAGAAUAUCCUGGGAGAGGUCUGGAAGAACCCAGAGGGAUUGCUGUUUAUAUUCGACGGUUUGGAUGAAUUCAAGGGCAGAAUCGAUUUUGCUGACAGUCAGAGAGAUACAGAACCUAAGCACCAGUGCCCAGAUCCCGAGUGGUGGUGUGAAGUGUCUGACAUUGUGUACAGUUUAAUCCAGCACAAGCUGCUCCCAGGGUGUUCAGUGCUAGUGACCACCCGCCCCACUGCGUUACAUUUGCUGGAAGAGGCCAAGAUCAGUGUCUCGGCUGAAAUCCUGGGAUUUGUUGGUGAGGAACGGAAGGAAUAUUUCACCAGGUAUUUUGAAGAUCAGACGGUGGCAGCAGCUGUUUUCAAACACGUGAAGGAGAACGAGAUCCUGUACACCAUGAGCUACAACCCCUCCUACUGCUGGAUCCUCGGCCUGACACUGGGCCCCUUCUUCACACAAACACAGCGGGACCUGCAGCGAGUUCCCAAGACCAUCACCCAACUAUAUUGCUACUUUAUUUACAACAUCCUGAAAAACCACGGCCGUGAGAUUGAGAACCUCCGUGAGGUGUUACUGAGGGUUGGUCAGAUGGCCUUCACUGGAGUGUCCGAGAAGAACAUUGUGUUCACAGAUGGAGAUUUGAUCAAAUACAAUCUGCAGCCUUCCCAGUUCCUGUCCGGGUUCCUGAUGGAACUUUUGGAGAGAGAGGAUUCAGCCCGGAGUGUGGUGUACACCUUCCCGCACCUCACCAUCCAAGAGUUUGUAGCCGCACUCGCACAAUUCCUGACUGUAGAUCCCGGGAAUAUCCUGAAACUCCUGUCUGAAGCCCACAGCACGACAGACGGGCGAUUUGAAGUAUUUCUCCGUUUUGUCGCUGGUCUCUCCUCCCCACGGUCAGCUCGGGUCCUGGAAGAGUUUCUGGGUCCAUUUCCUAAUGAAACAACCUGCCGAGUGAUUGACUGGGUGAAGGAGGAGGUUAAAUGUCAGGUUAGAAAUGCAGGCAGUGUGUAUGGUAAAAGGAGGCUCCUGAACGCACUGCACUACCUGUUUGAGUCUCAGAAUCCUGCACUGGCUCAGCAGACACUGGGAUCUGUGGAAACGCUUUCAUUCAGCAACCUGGGACUGACCCCGAUUGACUGUGCAGUCCUGUCUCAUGUCAUCAGGCCCUGUGAUACAAUCAAACACCUCGAUCUGUUGAACUGCCGCAUUCAGUAUGAAGGUCUCCAGCGGCUGGAACCGGCUCUGCACAAGUGUCAGUACUUGGGAUUGGGAAACAACGACCUGGGACAUUCCGGAGUGAAACUGGUGUCUGCGGCUCUGAGGAACCCGUACUGUAAAAUGCAGUCACUGGAGCUGGAACGUGUCGGUCUCACAGAUUCUGGAGCCGAGGAUCUCGUCUCCGCUCUCUGUACAAACCACUCACUGAGGGAGCUGGUGCUGAGCAGCAACUCCCUCACAGACCGAUGUGUCCCCGCUCUCCGCCGCCUCAUACUGACCCUCUCCAGUCUACAGCACAUCUGGCUGGAGGAGAAUAAGUUCAGUCCGACCGGGAAGAAGGAACUGAGGUCGCUGCAGGAACCCAGACCCGGACUGAGAGUGACCGUGUGAACAUCUCUGGGUGUAAACGUUACCUCCCUGGGGACCGGAAUAUUGUUGGCUGAUUCCCUGCUAUCCCCUUUAAAUGGCCGCCCUCCCCUUUAAUCGGUGCUGCCCAAAGUGGGGGACAGGGGAAUUGCAGCUGGACCUGCAGGAUCCCAGAUGUGACGUCAUCCUCAGCGGCUCCGCUCCUGCUGCGGAUUGAUGGUGACAUCAGCAGCAUUGUUCAAACCAAAGAUCCUAUAGCGGAGCAAGACAGGCCGCUCCUGCGAAAUGCAAUGGGCUGACGUGUAGUAUGCAACGGAGCGGAACGUGGGCAUUGUUUUUGUCCAUUUCAGUAACCGGAACCUACCUGACCCAACCCAACUCGCAGUUUAAUCAAUGUUGCGUGGGGACAGUUUGUGUGUGUGUGUGUGUGUGAUAUAGGGUUCGAUUCAUAAUUCUGUUAGUUCAUAAUUCUGUUAAUUCUUGUUAAAGAACUCUUUAUAAAUUUUUAUCUGGUAAUUUUCUUUUUUGCAGUUUUCCAAGAAAUUUGCGAGUUUGAUAUUGUCUGUUGAUGUUUUAGAUGUAUAUACAUUUUGAUCAAAUUGAGCGAAUCUUUUGUUAAUAUCUUUGUGUACAGUUAUCAAUUCCCCUUUAUCUGACCAAAUUUUUGAAAUUAUAUGAUCUUUUUCGCGUUUUUUCAUUUGUCGUGUCAGCAGUUUAUGUGGUUUAUCACCGAAUUCAACAUUUUCUUGUUUUGUAAUUUGAAAUAAUCUAAUAACUCUUUCAGAUAAAGUUCUAUUCAGUUUAAA